CGAGAAGAACAUCGCCGGAGUCCUUCGCAGGAAAUUUUACUCUGAUUCAAGAUGUCUAAUAACAACCAUAACCUCACUCUUCGCUUGAUCCUUGACAAAGAUAAGUUGACCGGGUCUAACUUCUUAGACUGGCAAAGAAACCUCGUUAUCGUUCUUCGACUCGAGAAGAAAGAAUACGUGCUCGAACGAGCCAUUCCACCUGUCCCGGCCGCCAAUGCUUCUAGAGCUAUCAAGGAUAUUUUAGAGAAGCAUGUUGAUGAUGACAAUCAGGUGGCAUGUCUCAUGUUGGCUACGAUGACUUCUGACCUUCAGAAACAUCACGAGAGUAUGAAGGCGUACGAUAUGAUCAUACACCUAAGACAGCUCUACCAAGGACAAGCUAGGCAUGAGAGAUUCCAAACCUCCAAAGCUCUCUUUAGUUGCAAGUUGUCAGUUGGAAACCUCGUUGGUCCGCAUGUUCUCAAGAUGAUUGGCUACGUCCAAACUCUUGAGAAAUUGGGUUUCGAACUAAGGACUGAACUUGCAACUGAUCUGAUUCUGCAAUCGUUGCCAGAGUUGUACAAGCAGUUUGUGGUUAAUUACGAGAUGCAUGAACUCGAUAAACCACUGCCAGAACUUUUGGAGACGCUGCAAACUGCUGAAGAGAGCUUGACGAAAGGAAAGGGGAAUUCUGUCCUUCUAGUUCAAGGAGGAAAAGGCAAGAAGAAGUUCAAAAAGGCAAAGAAGAAUGGGCUUAAAGGCAAGGGUAACACCGAGCCAAAGUCCAAUUCUUCCAAGCUCAAGCCUAAAAGUGGAGCGGCCAAAGAUUCCAUUUGUCAUCAUUGUGGAGAAGUUGGCCACUGGAAGAGGAAUUGCAAGCAGUAUUGGCAACCAAGAAAAAGGGCGAAGCUUUUGCUUCAGGAACUGAAGAGAAGUAGUAGGAAUGUUGAUCUUGAAGAUGCAAGGAGCAUCUCUGAAUUUCCGCCACUUUCCGCCGGCGGCUACCAUCCUUCGCCUCUAUUUUAUCAGCCGGUGAGCGAUCCUGGGCCGUCCAUUAGGCCUCUACACCAUACCUUUCCAAACAUUGAUGUUCUCCGAGGAUCUCCAUCAACCCUAGAAAUCGAUGGUGAUAUACGACCCCUCGUUCCAGUUCCCCUUCCUCCUCUUGCUCAACUGCAAGUUACGGAAGCACACAGGCAAGAUCUUUCCAAGAACUUUGCUUCCAUAGCUACUGGUUCAUCAAAAUUUCGCAUUGAAGGUAAGAUCUUCACCUUCACAAAAUCAAUUUUCAAUCAGAAGAUUUGUAUUACCGAAAAGCAUAGGAACAAGAGCUUCAACAUCUGGCUAGAAUUAGACACCUGCGCCUGGCUCCUAGAGGCUCUCCAUUUCAUCACAAUGGAAGGAAGGCUUCGAUCGGCCUAUCGAAGGGAGAAGAGGAGUGUGCUCACCCUAUCAUUUCAGCCGCACAGAAGAGGUAACCAAAUCAGACUAUGCGAGCAUCAUCAAGAUGGUAAGACUUGGGUUCUCAUCCCUGAGGGUAUUCAAGGUUAUGGCCUUACUUCCUUCAUCUCUUGCUUUCAGAAAAUGUAUGAUAAUCGUAAGUCCUCUGUUCCCUGUUCCCCUCCUUUUAUUGAUAAUGCCUUAGAAUGUGCCAGGACUCACCCUCCCCUUAUCCAACAUACGUACUCUAUCUCUGCUACUUUACUUGAUUUAGAUAUUUCUACAAAUCUAUAUCACACCCCCAUUUUCUGUCCUAAUAAACCAACUACUUUAUCCUCUCAAAAUCAGCCAUGUUCAUUGUCUGCUUUGGCUCCAGCCUUCACCCCUCAAAGCUUUGUCUCCCCACCCAGCCACCCUCCUACAUUGGCAUGCUUAGAACCUCCUCAUUUCCAGGGUUGUUCUAAUUCAGACAAUGAUAUCGAAAGCCCAUCCUGGAGCAAAAACCUCGGGUACAUCUCUGGACCUGAAGUUUCGCCUUUGGCAAAACCUUUCAAGAUUCCUUCAGAAGAAUCUGAAGAUGAAUGGGUGACUGAUAGAGGAUCAGAAGAAGAGGGAGAUUGGCAUGUCCAUAAAGAGGUUUACAUGAAAAAAAACCUGAAGAUGUUUGAUCAAAUGUGUUUGCAAUUCAAGGAUAAUCCCCAACCAAGAAGAAGUAAGAGGCUAACAGAACUCAAAGCUAAGCGUGUUUGGGAAAAGAAUUGAUUUUUGUGGAGAGGCUUCAGUGGCAUAAAUCAUGUUGUUUCUCUUUUUCUCUUGGUUAAGCAUGCAUGGUUCUAAGGAUUUGGAUUUUGUUUGGAUGUCUCUCUUCCAAUCUCAUUUCUUGAGUUAGUUGCUGGUUUUCAAAGUUACUGCAUUACUUGGAUCCGGCCAUAGCAUUUCAAAUUUCAAAAAACUCCUCUACUUUGAGAAUGGUUAAGCCAUCCGGAUGGAGUUACAAAUUUUGAAUAAUCUGAGUCUGGACCAGUUUUAUUUUCUAUAGUUGCUGAAUUGAUAAGUGCAGUGCUGUAUUUGGUGGUAUGACAUCGAGACAGUUUUUAGUGGACUCAUCCCCUUACUACUUCAAGGAGAACCAGACAAACCAUCACAGGCUGGUACUUUUGGACUUGGAGCAGAUUGAUAUUUUCGACUCAUCCACCUUGUACUCUGGGAUUAUUUUGUUCUGUUACCUUUGGAUUAGUUUGUGAGGACUUUCCUCUUGUUUUCUUUAUUGUCAGUCUGCCUUUUGUAGGGGUUUCUU